AUGGCCGCUGUUCUACGACCGCUGAGUGCCACCAAUACGUUGGUGUCCGUCUUCUCGCCUUUUUCGAGCCAGCACAGCCCGACCGCGAAAGACUCCUCGCCGGAUGCGACCAUGUCGACCGAUUCAGAGGCUCUGAAGCCACCUGCAAAUCCUGCCGUAGAGGCACUGAAGUCACCAGCAACACCCGGCGUGGAACCGUCUCCGGUGUCUGAUAGCGGCACAAUAUUUACCGAUAUCGACGAUGGUGUGACCGAAGCUCAGGCGUCGACAUCGCCGCCAGAUGAGAAAGUGCCAAUGAAAAAGACCGAAGCCACCGACAGGCGCUCUACACAAUCGCCGUUCGAACGUUUUCGCAGUCCAUCAUUAUCUCUGAGGACAAACUCAUUGCUUGCCUACCAAAGCAGCCUCAAGUCGGAUGAGUCCGAGCCUCAGUCCGUGAUUCAUGUUCCGUCGGGAUUCGGAAGCUUUCCUCCAAGGAAAGCCGACGAGGACUCCGAAGGUGAGAUCGAUUCUCAGUCAUCAGAUGUCCCUGAAACUCCUGAGCGGCCAGACCUCCAGAGAGCAAGAGGUGACUCAAAUGAUUCAGUACGAUCCGACCGCACGGUGAAGAUGCCCCAUCUUCUAGGACGAUCGCACGACGUACCGCUGCCACCGACGCCCUUGCAGACGGCACUGCCGAUGACACAGGACUGGUCUUCGACGCCACGCGCCCAAACACGAUCGGAUCUGGGAGCAUUCUCGCGCCCACCCUCGAGUCUUGCCUCGAUACUGGAGAAAGAUGAUAUUGUGGGUGACUAUACAACCGACGAUCCUUCCGGAGUAGAUUCGGAUGUGUCACGACGGGCAGAUCAUUACUUCCGCAGCACUGAGGACGAGAUCGCUGCUCUCAGGACCGCGCUAUCGGAAUGCUGGACGCUAUGCAACACUCUGGCAUCGCUAUCAUACAUUCAUCGGGAACGCAUUUUCGCCUUUCCUCAAUCAACUUCAGCCACUGCUGACAGCUUGCAUCUGCACCAUCAACAAGCAUGGAAGUCGUGCUGGAAGCUUUGCCAGAACCUCUACGACUCGGUAUCGCCAACAUCAGCACCCUCAAGCUACUCGAGCCCAUCUCGACCAACCCUAGAUCUGUGCCGAGAGUUUUGCGCAAGCCUAUUCGAUGCUCGAGCCCGUGACAACGAAACGGCCGAUUCGGUCCUGCGAGUCUCAUUCGAACUCAACAAUCAUCUCUUCAAUACGCAUGACCGGUCACUUCCAGAGGCUUUCCGAGAACGGACUUUGGAUUUCUACAUCACACUUUGCCACCGGCUCAUGAAGCAGAAAGCUCGUAUGCAGGAAGAGAGUGACUCUUUGCUGCGAGCGUGCUGGAGCUUAGCAGAAAUGCUCUUCUCGUUGAGACAAAACGCUCGCGAGGGUCGCAAAGCAGACGAGGAACUCCUCGGCUCGGCCGUCCAAGCAUGCUGGGAACUCUGCGAUUUGUUCAGAGAAGGAUGGACGCAGAUUCGGCCGGAACGUGGAACGCCACGACCAUCACAGACUACUUUCACGCAAGCAUUCCAGCAAGCGCGUCGUGCUGGCUUUGGCAUCGGUACUGAUGAUAACGGAAACCCGGUCGACACCUCGAACGGCGUGACCAUAAUCGGACUGCCAGAAACGCCGACUACGAUAUUCGAGGACAUCACAACGGUCAACGUGAUUAGUCCGGAUGAUCCUGAGCCACAGCCCAACAUCCUGGUCCUUGGUGCUGAUGCGCCUGCUGAGAUGGGUGUACAUAGUACGUCUUCCACACCUGCGCCGCAGCAAAUAGUCGUGAUGCCAAACCAGCAUCAGCAGCUGCAGCGUGAGCCAGGCAUCUUCACACAUAUUGUACGUGGUGGACACGCUGCUCCGGCUUCCGCCUCCAUGCUUGGCCUUGUCAACACCAUCAACAUGGGACAGACACCGAUGAGCGCCAACGCCACCACAACAAGUCGUCGAUUCUGGAGCAGCGCCUCGUCCGCUGCAUCAGCUGCAUCAGCCUCAGAAGUGACGCAGGGUGGUGGCUUCGGAUCACGGAGCGCACACGCCACCACGCGUAACCCGCCGCUUCCUCAGUACACAAACAGUCACAGCAGCACUAUAAAUCCCAACACUCGAGUGCAGCGACAACCGGCAGCACCGUCGUCGACCAGGACACUCACAGCAAAUAGUGUCUCGGCACACAAUAAUCAACAGCAAGCUCAAGCGCAGAAGCGGAAUGCCGUCACACGCUCGGGUGAGGAUCGGGCACUCCUGCUACUGAAGCUGCUUCUGAUAAAAGCCGCACUACUGACCAAUCGUGGCUUCCAUCCAAAUGCCAGCGACUCAAAGCUGAAUUCGCUGCCGCUGUUCGCCAAGUCACUGCCAGAUACCGCCUUCGGUACUCAGGUGUGGCAGGUGAGUCUGCUCGACAACUACCGCAAAGCCGUGCUCAACGAUCCCGCCAUGCGAGAUCUGGAUCUGAGUCGGCUUGUGGUGGUCAACAACAAUAAGAAGGGAAGCGAGGGAGACGACAAGGACCAAGAUCUAGGUGAAGUGGUGGUGAAUGUCAACCCAGUCGAAGUCGCCCUCGCGGUGAGAGGCAUGACGGCUGCGGUGUACGGUUUUGGCUGGCUGAGAGAUCUAUACCGAUUCGUGUGGGGCUUCUACGUGGAAGAAGUGCUCAAUGCCAGAGGCGAGGAAGUUGCUGCUGUGCAAGGGAAGCUUGGGCAGCAGGGAAGUGGCGCACCGCAGGUAUCAAGGAGGAAAAGCUCAGGCAAUCAGCCAUCACAGAGUGGAGGAGGAAAGGCCGCUGCUGCUGGAAGUACAGCUGGCAUUGCGUCUGGUACAGAUGAUGAGAGUGGCGAGAGUGGACUAGAGGAGGAGCAGCAUGUUACCGCUUGA